AUGGGCGACACCAACACAGAUCUCCAGGAGCUCGCGCGCUCGACCAACGAAGACUACUACGAGCUUCUCGGCGUCCCCUUCGAUGCCGAAGAAGCAGUCAUCAAGCGCGCAUACCGCAAAGCCUCGAUCCGCUACCACCCGGACAAGAACCCAGACAGUAAAGAUGCUGCCGAUAAGUUCAUCGCUCUGGGAUGGGCGCGCGACAUUCUCAUAGACUCCAAGCUGAAGGCUGAAUACGACCGUGCACGCACGCGGCGGCGCGAGAAAGCGUUCCAAGAGCAGCUGCUGAGUGGGAAUAGGCGGAAGAUGAAGGAGGAGCUGGAGCGUCGAGAAAGGGAAAGCGCAGACUUUGGGCCAAGCUUGAAGAGGAAGCGCGCAGCAGACAUGGGUGAGGCAGAGAGGAGGGAGCAGGAGAUUCAACGCCUAGCGGAGGAUGGCAAGAGGCGACGGAAAGAGGCGCAGGAUCGCAAAGACAAGGCGCGCAAAGAAGAGGAGGUGGCUACCGCAGAGCCAGUCAAAAGUCCUCAGCCGCAAGCGCCGAAGCCUGGGCAGUCUGCUGAGCUUGACCGUACGAUCAAGAUACGCUUCCACAGGGAAGGCGACUCGACGACCUGGCACAAAGAGACAGUCAGGAACAUGUUCGAGAAGUACGGCAAGAUUGAUAGCAUUAUCAUGGGCAAGGACAAGAAGCUGAAGCUCGAGGGUGAGAAACAUCGAAAGCUGGUGGCUAUGGUGUUCGUUGUCUAUGGACGGCUCGACCAUGCGCACGCCGCGGUCUCGGAUGCGAAGGCGGAUUACCCGGCCCUCGACUCUGUAGCCUGGGCGAACGGCGAGCCGGACCUUACCUCGACCAACGCCAACGGCGCCUCUACCUCGACAAGCGUACAUCCCGCAGCACCAUCGGCGCCGGCAACACCCGCAGCGAAGUCGUUCCGAGCGUCAUUUGGGUCUAGCUUAGGCGCUGGAGCCGGGGCUACGCCAUUAGGCACACCAAAGUUUUCGUUCAGUCCCAAGACACCGAGUCUGGAGGAGGUGACCAUGAUGAGGCUGAAGAAUGCGGAGAAGAAGAGGUUGGAAGAGCAGAUCAGGAAGAGGGAAGCUGCUGAAGCUGCGCAGGAA